AAGUUGGUCCCACCAACUAUUGAGUCCCUCAUUCAAGAACUGUGUUGUGUGUUCGCUGUUUCUGCAUUCUUAUAUGCAACUACGUAGAUAACUAACGUUAACUAACUGUUCAAAUAUGAACGCGCCACCGGCAUUCGAGUCAUUUCUGUUGUUUGAAGGGGAAAAGAAAAUCACAAUCAUCAAGGACACAAAAGUCCCUAACGCCUGCCUCUUCACGUUGAACAAAGAGGAUCACACGCUUGGUAACAUCAUCAGACAACAACUUCUGAAAGACCCCCAAGUGCUAUUUGCUGGCUACAAGGUCCCUCAUCCGCUGGAGCACAAGAUUGUGAUCCGUGUUCAGACCACACCAGACUACAGUCCUCAGGAGGCUUUCACUAAUGCAAUCACUGACCUCAUCAGUGAGCUGUCCUUGUUGGAGGAGCGAUUCAGGGUUGCAAUUAAAGACAAGCAAGAAGGAAUUGAAUGAGGAUUGGUACAUAAUGUUGGGAAAGAAGAUGUCACUUUGAAGAUCACAUUUCAUUUGACCAGGAUUCUAUAAAAUGACUCUGUUUUGGACUUACCAUUACUGCCAUGCUUGGCACAGCAUGGCCUCUGUAUACAAAGUACUGAAUGGCGUUUUGAGUGAGUUUUCAUUCUAGAUCACGGUAACAUAUUUGCAAGAAUGGAUGUCAUUGUAUCUGUUAAAUAAUACUUUUUUCACACACUGAAACAUAAGGAAAUUGGUGAUUUGAAACAGAUUCUGAGAUCAUACAGUGGAUUGGUUAAUUCAAAACAGAAUCACAUGUUUUACUAAUUUGAAUUCAAUACUGUAGUUUGUUAGGUAUGUGCUGAAAGAUGACAAGCAUGGUUUAAAACUUUAUUACAUGGAAAUAUUUUUCAUGAUAUCCAUUCCGCUUAAAUGCUUUAGUUUUACAAUGCCCAACAUGCUCCUUAUUUGGCCCUACAUUUUCCGAGAAUAAUAGUGUGAACAGUUAAGGUUUGUUUUUCAAUAAAUCAUUCUUGUAAUA